AUGCCGCGGCCCCCCACGGACGAUCGAAGCGAGGACUACUUUUACACGAUUUCUGACGACGGGAAGUACCCGGCGCCGCCGCCGUCGUACGCGAACGUCUCCGUGAAGGACCGCGGCUGCGCGGGGCCGCGGCACAUGCGCAUGACGCUCAACACGGUGCCGGUGUCGAGCGAUGUGUUGGCGUCUAGCAAUAUGCCGCUCGCGCUGCUGGUGCAGCCGCUCGCGCCGACGCGGCCGCAGGACGACAGGAUCCCCGUCGUGGACUUCGGGCCCGCGGGGCCGCCGCGGUGCGGACGCUGCAAGGCGUACGUGUGCCCGUUUUUCCGGUUCAUACACGGAGGGAAGUCCUUCGUGUGCUGCUUCUGUUCCGCGCUCACGGAGGUCGCGCAGGAGUACUUUUGCCACCUCGGCACCGACGGGCGGCGGCGCGACGUCGGCGAGCGCCCCGAGCUCACCCGCGGGUCCAUCGACAUCGUCGCGCCGCCCGCGUACUGCAUCCGCGAGCCCAUGGAGCCCGCGCACGUCUUCCUGAUCGACACCUCCCCCGCGGCCGUCCAGUCAGGCCUGACUCAGGGCAUCUGCGACGCGAUCCUCGCCGCGCUGCCCGCGCUGGGCCGCAGCAAGCGCACGCGCAUCGGCAUCGCGACGCACGACCGCCACGUGGCCUUCUUCCAGGUCCCAGAGCGCCUCCAGGACGGAUCCCAACCCUCCCCGCAAAUGCUGGUGAUGCCGGAUCUCACGGAGCCGUACGCCCCCGCGGCGUACGAGACGCUGGUGCCGUUCAAGCCGCGCGAGCAGGCCGUGCGGCAGCUCCUGAAGGAUCUGCCGGGGCUGUUCGGCGCCGGCCAGGGCGGCAGCGCGGGGCAGUACGCGCAACAGCGGCCGCAGGAUGCGCCGCAAACGCCGUCGUGCGGGCUCGCGGCGGUGCGGGCGUGCAUCGAGCAGCUGCGUCCGCUCGGCGGGAAGGUGCACGCGUUUAUGAGCCAGCUGCCGACGGAAGGCGCGCUGGCACUGGCGGUGCGGGGGGACGCGUGCAACCGGCCGCCGGAGAGCGAGUCCGAGGCGCUGAGCGUGCUGCAUCCUGCGCACAAGAGCGAGGUCGAGCGUGUGGCGGCGGACGCUGCUGCGGCGCAGGUGUCGAUCGACCUCGUGCUGUGCCCGCGCCCCGGCACGUACAUGGACGUCGCGACCCUCUCAGUCCUCCCCCGGCUGACGUCAGGCAGCACCACUCACAUCCCCUCCUGGGCGCCCCCGAGCGGCCAGCAGCAGCUCGCCGCGACGAUCCGCGCGGCCCUCGCGCGUCCGGCGGGCCUCGAGGCCAUCCUGCGCGUCCGCACCUCGCAGGGGAUCUCCGUGGAGGACUAUUACGGGUCCUUUUUCCGCAGCACCCCCCAGGACUGCGACCUGCCGCAUGUUGGGCCUGACUCGAGCGUGAUCGUCGCGCUGCGCCACGACGAGCGCCUCAAGGACAGCUCGCACGUCUUCCUCCAGGCCGCGCUGCUCUACACCACUCCGGAGGGCCAGCGGCGCGUGCGCGUCCACACGCUGGCUCGCCCUACCUCCGCCGCGCUGGGCCACGUGUUCCGCACCGCGGACACCGACGCGCAGGUCGCGGUGCUCAAGCGCCGCGUCCUCAUGCAGCUCCCCGGCCGCAGCCUCGCGAACGUCCGCCUGCAUGUCACCCGGCAUGUCGUCUCCGUGCUGCAUGCGUACCGAAAAUACUGCGCGACGUCCACGUCGAUGGCGCAGCUGAUCCUCCCGGAGGGCCUCAAGCUGCUGCCGCUCUACGCGAACGCGCUGCUGAAGUCCCCCGCGCUGCGGCAGGACGCGACGCCGGACGUGCGCGCGGCAGCGGUGGCGGCCGCGAUGGCCGAGGGCCCGGCCGCGGCGUCGUCGACGGUGUAUCCGGCGAUGUAUCGGAUCGAUACGCUGCGGGAGACGGCGCCGUGGCUGUUCGACGGGUUCGAGGAGGACGCCGAGGGGGCUGAGAACGGGGGGGAGUCCCCCCGGGGGGGGUUCCGGGUGUUUGGGGGCAUCAGGAUGCCGCCGCGCAUGCGGCUGUCGAGCGAGCUGAUCGAGUCGGACGGCGUGUACCUCCUCGAGGACGGCUUCGACGCGGUGCUGCAUUUCGGCGUGUCGUCGCAGCCAGAGGUCGUGUCGGAGCUGCUGGGCCACGAGGGCUACCUAGCCAUUCGCGACAAGACUCCGGCGGCAGCCAAGUUGUCAUUGGCAGUCACGCGGCAGAACACCCCGCUGAGCCGCGCGCUGUGGGCGGUGGUCGAGGAGAUCGAGAACCGACGGCAGCGGCCGCUCCGGAUGCGCGUCCUCCGGCCGGGCGAGGCGCGGGAGAGCGAAUUCUACAACAGGCUGGUCGAGGACCGCACCGCGUCCGGGACGUCGUACGUGGACUACCUCUGCGGCGUCCACCGGCAAAUCCAGAACCUCAUGUGA